AUGAGAGCCCAGAAUGAUCCAUGGUUCUCGCAAUUUCUAUUAAGAAUUGGUGAUGGAAUAGAGAAGACCUUCCCAAAUGACUAUGUGGAUCUGUCAGAUGACAUUAUGCUUGAGUAUAAUGAUGAUCAGUCUAUUGAUACUCUUAUCGACCAUGUGUUUCCGGAUCUAGCUAAGAACUGCACCUCCGUCAGUUACAUGUGCGAGCGUGCUAUCUUGUCAACACGAAAUGAGUAUGUUGAUAGCCUCAACGCGAUGAUGAUUAGAAAGUUUCCUGGAAAUGAAAAAGUUUGCUACAGUCAUGAUUCCGUAGAUGAUGACUCAACUAAUAACUAUCCUCUUGAUUUUCUGAACUCAAUUACUCCAAAUGGUCUUCCUUCACAUGAGCUUAAAAUUAAGAAGAACUGUCCUAUCAUACUCCUUCAAAAUUUGGAUCCUCAUCAUGGACUGUGCAAUGGAACUCGACUUAUAGUGAAGACAUUUGAGGACAAUGCAAUUGAUUGUGAAAUUGUAAAUGGACGGCAUGCUGGUAAUCGAGUUUUUAUUCCAAGGAUUCCCUUGUCUCCAUCAGAAGAUAUUUCACUACCUUUCAAGUUCAAGAGGAAAUAA